AUGUCUUCCUCUGCGGGCCUACGCUCACGCUCAUCAAAGUCUUCGGUGAAAGCCUCGUCCACCAUUGACGUUUCUGCAAAAGACAAGCUGAAAUCAACGUUGCUCGCUUUCGAUGACUUGCUAGAUUGGCAGCGCGACUCGCACUUCAUUAAGCGAGGCUAUCGUCCUGCCUCAAACUCCUUUCGCAAGUCAUUUGCAAGUGUCUGUGCUGUCCACAACGAGACUGUCAAUAUAUGGACGCACCUUGUGCCGGGCUUCCUCUUUGGCGAUGUCCUCAAGUCUGACUGGUCUUGGAAAGCACUAUCCGUGCACUACGCAUCGGCAACCAAGACAGAUCUGACCAUGUGGCUCAUCUUCUUUACUGGUGCCUUCCUCAUGUUCACAGGCAGCUGGACGUACCACACCGUCUCCAAUCACUCUCACGCCAUCAACAAGAUGUGGAACAAAGCAGACUACGCUGGAAUUGUAUGCAUGAUCCUUGGCAGCUUCUUUCCAAGCGUGUAUUACGGCCAUUACUGCGACCCACACCUCAUCCAAUUCUACCUCUCACUACUAUCAGGCUUUGGUUUUCUGACACUGUGCGUGACACUCAUGGAUCGCUUCAGAACACCUCUUUGGCGACCAUUCCGAGCAGGCAUGUUUAUUGUACUAGGCCUGUCUGCGCUCAUUCCAGUCGUUGCAGCAGUCCUUGAAAAAGGCCUCACCACCGUCUCGCGCGACAUGUCUCUAUUUGAAACAGGUCUGCAAGGAAUUCUCUACAUCACCGGCGCAGUCAUCUAUGCAUGUCGUGUUCCUGAACGUUUCUUUCCAGGCAGGUUUGAUAUACUGGGGGCAAGUCAUCAGAUCUUUCAUGUCUUUGUGGUAUUGGCGGGUGUGUCGCACUUUAUUGGCUUGCUCAAGGCAUUUGACUAUCGUCACGGUGUGCUUCAGGGCCAGUGUCACUAUUAGCAGCUUUAUGUACAGUACUGUAGAAGGUUGAAUUGAAGAAC